AUGGAAGUAAUGGAUUUCAACCGUAGUUGUCAACUCAUGCUUUCAAGAGUUCUUGAUGACAUCGGGUUGACCACCAUUUCAAUUCAAAAACGGAGAAGGACGUGGCUUAUGAAAGAAGCCAUGAACACAGUUAAAUUUUCCCUUCAACAUGUAAACAAUGUUGACAGAUUGCUUGAUUCUAUUAGGUACAAGAAAUACCACUUCGGAAGUCAAAGUGAAGCGACAACAACUCUUCAUAUGGGUUCAGAUAUUGACAGUCUCUAUUGCUUUGAAAAUACUAGUAAACAGGUUAUUCUUAAAAUGUCAACCUGGAAAGAUGAAGUCGAAAAUUAUCUUGCCCUUCAAAGCUCAACAACUCCUCCACAACAUUGCAAUCUGCUUUGCUUGAAAAGUGAAGGUCCUACCCCUGAAACCAGGAAUAUUCAAAAUCAUACCUUUAAAGACGAUCGGGACUUGGUAUUUCUCAUGAACACGAUCAGCACUGUUUCUAUGCAAACACUCUGCCUACCUGGUGAAACAUUGAGGAAACAUGGACCCUCUGUGUCAUGGGACGAUAACAUGGACUAUGUAGUAAAUGCCUUCAACUGUCCGGUAUUGCCGGAUGAGUGCAAAUUUGUGUUUUCAAGACCUCGACCUGGUCAUUGGCCUGAUCAAUCUCUUCUUGAUGAAGCAAGAGCUUGUGGAACAUUUGUUGUUCCGCAGUGCUACAGCGAUUCCCCAAAGGAACCACAGAAAGUUAAAAUAGUUGGCCCGAUGACUGAUGAUAACAUGGUAACCGAAAGUGUGGGAUCACUUCUUGAGUGGAGAUACUCAACGUCACGGAUGGAGCGUCUAUUUGUUUUCGACUGGAGUAUUCAACAGUUAAAGGUUUACAUUCUAUUGAAAUUAAUACGGAUAACAUUUCUGAAGCCGCUAUUUGGAGAUAGACUGAGCACUUUCCAUAUGAAGACUACAAUGAUGUAUACAGUGGAGAAUUACCCACAGGAUAUUUGGAGGGACGACAAUAUCAUACAGUGCGUCACCUACUGUCUAAAUACACUUUUGAGAUGGUCCCAGCUCAGGUUUUGUCCGCAUUUUACAACAGAAAAUGUGAACUUGUUCACGGGAAAGAUUCACAAACACGAAAUACCACGGCUGGUUAAAAAACUGUCGGAGCUUAUUUCGAGCAACAUACAAUGUGUAUUUGAAAUUAAAAUUGAAAAUAUUGGUGAACAUCUUCUUAACAGAAUCAAGGCAUUUCAGUGUUCGUUGCCAUCGUCGGUGCACAACAAUUGCGAUUGCGAAAUUGCGAUACGAAUGGCUCACGCAUACAGCAGUGAAUACUUCGAAAUCUUCCUUCAAACAUUGCAAGAUCUGGAUCAAAUGACAUAUAUUGAUGCAAUUCAAGCGGUAAGGCGUUAUACAUGCUUAUUGCAGAAAUGGUUAGAGGUCGGAGAUGAUCGGCAUAUAGAAGCGGCCAAAGUAAUUCAUCCAAUGAUAACAUGCACUGGUGCAAGUAUGCGAGCAUCGAGGUGCAUCAAACUUGAUAGACACAUUUCAAAACAAAUAACAACAUUGUAUAGCUUUAGCAACACUCGAAGUUCGAUACCAUCCAGACUGAAAUAUGCUUCGAUGCUUUAUUGUAGUGGUCAGUUCGAGGCCGCAGCCGAAUGCUUAUUUGCAUGUGAACUGAUACUCGGGAAGAUGCCGGUCUGGCAAAUGAGCCUCGUCCUACGGCGGGAAUAUAUAUCUCCUGUGAAGGAUCUUCACAGUCAAGUAGUGAUGCUUUCCAAUGAGAACAUCUUCCAUUCCAUUUUUGUUACAAGUGUUGUCUUCAGUCGCCAUGAACUGCACUGUGUGCCGGGAUUUUUGAUAUAUGACAUGUUUCGCACAAUGACAAUAGAUGAUAAGCAGGACAGACAUUUAUACCAGGAUAUAUGGAUGGAUCUAGCAGUUAUAGAUCCUUUACCAUUUAUGUAUUACUUACAGUUCCUUACUUACCAUGCUCUUGGUUGUUCUGAUCAAAUGGAGGAUAGUUUAAAUAAAUUAUUGGAGUAUGUUCAUAACUCAGUUCAAAAGUAUGCUUGCCAUGUUGAUGUUGCGAUUAAUUUGCUUGGACAUUGUCUUGAGAAACUCGGGAUAUAUGAUGUCGCGUGGCAGUUCUACAAGUCCUCUUUAUACCUGUACCAUCCGAACAAUGCUGCUGUUUGGCAUAUGUGCAGAUUAGUUCAUAGGGAAGUUAUAGGCGAUAUAGCUAAUUGA